ACUUACUUUUACUGAUUCCGGUUCUAACGCGGUGCAAACUGCAAAGAGUUGUGAGAAUCUCAGAAUUUUGAGUUUUUCAGCGUUUGGCAUUCACUGUUUCACACUCGUAAACUGAUUUAUGGGUUUCUUGCUGAGUCUUGCACGAUAUUUGGACUGAGUUUUACAAGGAAUACACUUUCAGUUUCAGAGUUUUUGCUUUGGUACCUCACGUUGGACUUACUUCGGAGCAGCUUUUCUGGUGUUCUGCAUUGUUGGCAAGUCGCUGCCGCGUUAGCGUUGGGCUUCAGAGCAUUCUCAUCCAAACAGAAAGUACCACGCGCUUUCCAUAAUGGCUGAUCAUCUUACUCAGUUCGAACAAAUCGGCCAGGCAUUUGUGAAGCACUAUUACACACUGUUCGAUAAUCAACAGUCGCGGACCGAAAGCCUGAUCAAUAUGUACUAUCAACAAGGAUGCUUUCAGACCUUCGAAGGCAAUCAGGCUGCCGGUCACGAUGCCAUCAGGCAGAAGCUCGCGGCGCUGACCUUCCAAAGAAUUGCCAGGAGCAUCACAUCGGUGGAUUGUCAGCCGCUCCCGGAUGGUAUCAUGGUGGUGGUUCUCGGACAGCUGAAGACGGAUGAAGAUCAGCCGCAGUCCUAUGUGGAAAGCUUUGUUUUGAAAGCGAGCGGCGGGAAUUAUUUCAUCACCAACAAUGUUUUCCGUCUUGUUCUGCACCAUAUGUGAUUUUAAGGAUUAAGUGAUGGAUAUUGGGACGUGCAAAAUUGUUCUGCCCGCGGAGCGGCUCCGUCAUUGAUGAAUUUCUUGAUAAGGAAACUUAUUAGACACUAAGAUGUUUAUUUGAUUCGUUUUGUAAUUCUGGCUCUUAUGGGUGUUUUUGUUUUGUGUUUCGGCACGAUGCAUGCGUAUACCAUGUUCUUUUAAAGUACUUUUUCUUGCACUGCGAAUGCUAUUCGAAUGCUUGUGCUAUCUAGCCAGUCUUCGCCCUGACUGCAUUGCGAAGUUUUUGACCCAAAAAACGUUUAUUAUGC